AUGGGAAACAGGACACCGCUGUGCUAUUUACGAUUAGCGCAUGAUCAACACAUUCACACCUGUGAAUCGAAGAGCCAUCUCUUAGACCAUAAGGUGAGUUCUAUACGUGCAGUUUGCUUACUCGUAGCCCUAGAGAAGCACAAUUCAUCAUCACAACAUCAUCGAUCAUCACAUAAUGGCAGGGCCGAGCGUCUCUUGACUUUGCUCUGGUUCAGAUACAGCGUUGUCUAUAUGAAGGCCUUUCCUCCAGACCAAUAUCUGGAACCCAACAGAUAUAAGCACAUCUAUCCCUCGACUCAAGUUCCCCAUUUGGCUUGUGUUGCACCGUACGAUACUCUUGGGUUCCCUGACUUCCCUGCCCGGAUUGGUUGGGAAGUUCUUGAGUACAAACAAGGUCAGGAGAUUCGAUUACAUCGUCUAGACCAACAAGAAGCCUCGACCGGUGAGCAGAUCUCUCUGCUGCAAGAAUGGUUGUUCUUCGGCGUUCUUGGAGAGAUGUUCGGGAUCUGCGACAUGUCUCUUGACGUGUCGCAUUUCGUCCACAGCAAGAUUGUCUCGACGGCGCCUCUGAAAGAGUUUACCGCUUCUUGGGCAGGACGCCUUGGAACCGUGGAUAGAGCCAUUCUUGAUGCCCGCUCGCGGAGAAUGCAUGGAUAUUUGGAUGUCAUGGACGAUUUCAUGUUCGGUUGGCACCCUCGACAACUUUCGUUUGACGAAGCCCAAGUCCUUCAUUCGAUCGUCAUGGCCAGGAGUUUCUGUCAUUCCAUGUUCCUGUGGUAUCUCCCAGAAAACAGCAGUGAUGUUGCCCUGUACAAUUACACUCCCUUCGGCCCAAGCUGCAGUAUAACGCUAGAAAAAGGCGCAGUGCGCCAUCUACUUGACAGAGGCUGGUGUAAAAGCGACGUAUCCAUGUUGUGCAGCGCAGGAAUUGGGGAGACGAUCUUUCUUAUUACAGCCCUAGAACGGUCUGCAACAACCGUCGACCACUCCGAAUGCACCGACACUGUCUGCAAUGCAGAUUGUCUUGACGAAGAGACCUAUGUGACGCGGCAUGUUCGGCUGGGAUGUACUUGCCCCCAUAUACAGGUCGAUGGCGGCGUUGUGGCCACCAUCCUCGCGAAUGGCGGAGUCCCUCGCAUUCGUGUGCCGAAAAUCAGUACCUCUGAUGAAGACAUUCAUAUUGAAGUCGUAGAUGAUGGACCGUACGUCGCCAUCUCCCACGUCUGGUCUCACGGCUUGGGAAAUCCCAGGGACAACGCCUUACCUCAAUGUCAGCUCUCGUAUAUUGCGGCCAGCAUUUCUUUACUCGAUAGUAACAAGUGCGCUUCCCCCUCCGUGUGGAUUGAUACGUUAUGCAUCCCUGUCGAUCCAGCACUGCGAGAACAUCGAAAGACCGCCAUUACGAGACUCGGGAAGAUAUUCUCCGAGGCCUAUCAGGUGCUUGUAUUGGAUGCGGAACUUGAAAAGGCCUCUGUGAGAUGUUCCAUCAUCGAGCAAGGUCUCAGAAUCCUAUGUUCUGACUGGAUGCGGAGACUUUGGACUCUCCAGGAGGCUGUUUUUGUGCAGAAUAGCGGAAGGGACAAGCUGUACUUCCAGUUCGCAGACGGUGUGGUGGCCCACUCUUCGCUCGACGUGGAGCAGAACGAGGCCAGUCCUCACAGGAAUAACAUUCACGUCGUACACGGUCUUCAUGGUGUGCUCAGAGCAUUAGAGGACCGCAUCCCUCGCUCCUUCUCACCGUCCCAGCAUUCCUUAGAAGAUCCAGAACCAACUGAACGGCCCAUUUACAAGUUAGCGCGCAUGUCCGGCUCGCUCCAAUAUCGUGCUACUAGCAAGGCCGAGGAUGAACCUGUAUGUCUGGCGUCCUUGCUGGGCUUGGACGUACGGUCCGUGCUCGUCCACUCCUCCUCCGCCAAACGCAUGCGACAGCUCUAUCUCCUUAUUGGCACGUUUCCUGCCACCAUCAUUUUCACCACAGGACGCUCUGCCCUCCGCUUCAAUGACGGAGCGAGACUGCAGGAGCGCGGUUUCAGGUGGGCCCCGGCGUCGUACCUAUCCCAUCAGGCGUCCUUCCAGUUCCGAAACGUCGCAAUGGCGUCCGUUGACUCUGAGGGCCUGCAUGCCUCUUACGGGCUCUUCACUUCCCAGCCGCGUUUAUUUCGCGAGUGUCUCUUCAUCGGGUGUUCAGACGGAGGAAUUGUCUACCGCAUCAGCGGCUCCCCAGAUGAUGAUGACCCGCCACCUCGGGUUUGGUUGGAUGUUUGUGCAAGCUUUGGACAGGUUUCCCGAGCUGCGCUCAUAUUCGACGACUCCAGUCCCGACGAUUCGUUUCGGGUCGCCGUGGUGUCCAUACAAGGCGACAACGCAGGUGUUCUGCACGCGACCAUCCUCGCUCGCGGAUGGAAUAUGAACUAUAUCGAUGGUGAGCCAGAUGAACACACAAUUGCAAAAUUACGAGACGCGUCUGGGAUUGUCAAUGGGGAGUUCACUGCAUCGGACCAGCGAUGGUGCAUUACCUGA